UCAGCCUGCCUGAAAAUGUUCUCCCGUGUUGUCGGAUUUCCAGGGAGGACCGCAGCACUUUGCGGGGAAAUAAUGCCUUUUCAUCCGUGACCGACACACAAAGCGAGCCGCAUGUUUUUUUAACCGAACUCUCCACAGUCCAAUUCGGCUGGAAAAGCUGUGAUUUUUGGGGCGACUUCAACGGGAAGUUUGCGCGAUCCUUUCCCCCCCGAAGUGAUGUCGAAUCCCGGGAGUCGGAGGACCGGGUCCAGUAUCAAAAUCCGGCUGACAGUAUUAUGUGCCAAGAACCUCGCAAAGAAAGACUUCUUCCGCCUACCUGAUCCAUUUGCUAAGGUUGUGGUGGACGGGUCGGGCCAAUGCCACUCCACAGACACAGUCAAGAGCACACUGGACCCCAAAUGGAAUCAGCACUAUGACCUCUACAUUGGAAAAACAGACUCCAUCACCAUCAGUAUAUGGAACCACAAGAAGAUCCAUAAACGACAGGGAGCAGGUUUUCUGGGCUGCAUACGACUGCUUUCCAAUGCCAUCAGCAGGCUAAAAGACACAGGAUACCAGCGCCUAGAUCUAUGUAAGCUUAACCCCUCGGACAGUGAUGCAGUGAGGGGGCAGAUCGUAGUGAGCCUACAGACGCGAGACCGCAUUGGCAGCGGCGGCCCGGUAGUGGACUGUCGAGGACUGUUGGAAAACGAUGGGCCUGUUUUUGAGGGCUGUUUUAGUGAAGAACCGCUGCCGUACUCUGACCCCACGGGUGCUGCGGGGGGCGGGAACUGCCGGCUGGACUCACCGGGUCAGGAAAACCGUCUUCAGACUCAGCGGAUCAGAGGGCAGGACUCCAGAAGUCACGGCCACACCCCCCAAAACAGACCUCACGGGAGUCAACCCCCAGACCUGCCGGAGGGUUACGAGCAGCGAACAACAGUACAAGGCCAAGUGUACUUCCUCCACACACAGACAGGCGUCAGCACCUGGCACGACCCCCGGAUACCACGGGACCUGGCCAGCGUGAGCUGCGAGGAGCUCGGCCCACUACCGGUGGGCUGGGAGGUCCGCAGCACCGUGUCGGGCCGCAUCUACUUUGUGGACCACAACAACCGGACCACGCAGUUCACAGACCCCCGUCUCCACACCAUCAUCAGCCAUCAGUCCCAAGUGAAGGAAUCCUCCCAGGCCCCGCAGAUGGAUGUGGGGGUGGAGGAGGGAGGUGGUGGAGGAGUGAGCAGCGGAGGAGGUGAAGGAGAGGUGGCGGCGCGCUACGAGAGAGACCUGGUGCACAAGUUGAAGCUCCUCCGCCACGAGCUGUCGCUGCAGCAGCCCCAGGCGGGCCACUGUCGCAUCGAGGUGUCCCGGGAGGAGAUCUUUGAGGAGUCGUAUCGACAGAUCAUGAAAAUGAGGCCCAAAGAUCUAAAGAAACGGCUGAUGGUGAAGUUCAGGGGAGAGGAAGGGUUGGACUACGGAGGAGUGGCCAGGGAAUGGCUGUACCUCCUUUGUCAUGAAAUGUUGAACCCCUACUACGGCUUGUUCCAGUACUCGACAGAUAACAUCUAUACGCUACAGAUCAACCCCGACUCUUCCAUCAACCCCGACCACCUGUCGUACUUCCACUUUGUUGGACGUGUGAUGGGCCUUGCGGUCUUCCACGGUCACUACAUCAACGGGAGCUUCACGCUGCCCUUCUACAAGCAGCUGCUCGGCAAACCCAUCCAGCUCAACGACCUGGAGACCACUGACCCCGAGUUGCACAAGAGCCUCGUCUGGAUACUAGAGAAUGACAUCACUUCAGUCCUCGAUCACACGUUCUGUGUGGAGCACAACGCCUUCGGAAAGUUCUCACAACAUGAACUCAAACCGAACGGCCGAAAUAUUUCCGUCACAGAAGACAACAAGAAGGAAUACGUGAGACUCUAUGUGAACUGGAGGUUCAUGCGUGGAAUUGAAGCCCAGUUUCUGGCCCUGCAGAAAGGAUUCAGUGAGCUGAUCCCACAGCACCUCCUCAAACCCUUCGACCACAAAGAGCUUGAGUUAAUAAUUGGUGGACUUGGGAAGAUAGACCUCGCAGACUGGAAAACCAACACCCGCCUGAAGCAUUGCACAAGUGAAAGCAACGUGGUGCGGUGGUUCUGGCAGGCCGUGGAGGCCUUCAGUGAGGAGAGGAGAGGACGCCUCCUGCAGUUCGUCACUGGUUCCACCCGGGUCCCCCUACAAGGGUUCAAGGCGCUGCAGGGCUCUACAGGUUCUGCAGGACCAAGACUCUUCACCAUCCACUUGAUAGACGCCAACACAGACAACCUGCCCAAGGCUCACACAUGUUUUAACAGAAUAGACAUCCCUCCAUAUGAGUCUUAUGAGAAACUUUAUGAGAAACUGCUGACGGCUGUGGAGGAAACCUGCGGCUUCGCCGUGGAGUGACGAGCGCCCCGCCAAAUCAAGACACAGUCACAUUGCUUGCACUUGCACACGACUAUUUUUUUCAUUUUACAUGAAUGAACAUACACAAAAAAAAACAACAGCCAAGCCUCACGACCACCCGUACAGUAUCUCGUUAACUGUGCACCACCAAACUGUUGGGGGGCUUGAAAGGAGGAAGCACAGCAAGAAGACUGGAGAAGGAAAAAAAAAGUAUUUUAAAAGUUUUCAACUGUUUUGGAGAAGCAUUUUUAAUCUUUUCAGUUUUAACAAGCUAUGAUGUCAUUCUUCAGAAUGUCUAACCACAGCAAACUUGACUCCACUCGAGUCUCUGGACAGGAUCAGCCAAUCCCUGACGAGCUGGUCCACACGGAGACUUUGGAAACCAGAUUCGUGAAGAACAAGAGCGGAGAACAGCCGUCUUUCUCUCUCUGACAAGCUGACCGAUUGACGAGAAUCCAUGCUUCAUGUUUAACCACUGUCAUGCGUGUCUGUGUGCAUGUGAGAGUCUGAGAAAUUUGUAUGCGAGUAUGUAUUUGUGUGAGUGUGCGGCGUCAGGCAUGGCACUCAGUUACGCUGUAAAAAUGAUCAAAUGAGCCUGAUCCUCUGUCUGGUAACUUUGUCUCUUACGUUUGUAUCUGCGACCACUCUGAUUCACUCUGAUAUUUUAUUAUUUAUUACUCAGCGAUUACUGACCAAGCUGCUAAAUGCUCUCCAGUGAGCUCUCACUAAUCUCUUAAUCGUCCCUCUACCAGAGUUGAAGGGUCAAUUCUCAUUCAAUUCAAGUAAUCCACAAAGUGGGUUUUAUUGACUUUUGUUACAUUUUUUUAACAUUCAUAUUUCUGUGCAGAAAUACUCUUUGUCAUUGUAUGAGAAUUAUUGGUAUUUUGAUGUUUCUAAAAUACCAGGUUACAUUUGUUGAAGUAAAAGGGAAAGUACUUUCCCCAGCCCUGUUCAGAAAACCUUACUCAACUGAUGUUAUGAAGAUGUCGGAGGAUGUGUCCUUCAUAUUUUUCUCUUAUUACAACAAAAUGAGCCUCAACCGUAUAAAGAAAUUACUUUAAGGUUGCAUUACCCAUCUUUGGUUUUUUUUUUAUGUUCAUUUUAGUCUGACAGUUUUUGGGGGAGUUUUUUUUUCUUCCCCACGCCUAAAUUUUAGGAAAAGGAGUCAUCAUCCUUAAGACAACCAUGAAUGAGUCUCUCCAGUUAUUAAAGCUCUGUACAAGAGAAUGAAAAACAUAAUUGUUGAACAAGCAACAUGAAAAGAUUUGGAUCUGCCGUAGAUUGAGGACUGUUAAGCAGUAUUAUUUCAAUCUGCAUUUUCUAGGGUCUGACUUCACUGUGUAAUGAAUGCAAAAGUAUUGUAACUUACAAUGUACUAAACAUUUAUGAAAAAAUAUGUAAAUAAGAUUAUAUUAAAAGAAAAUUAAAUUGCAAAUACAAAA